AUGACUGGCGAAGCUGAGACCACACCCGCUGACGCCAGCGAGGGCACCGCGCAGGGAGGGGGAGAGGCCUCGGGCGGCGCCAGGGAAGGAGGGACGCCUCAGAGCUCGGUCGAUGCUCUGGAAGACUACAGAUCACUGCACAGAAAGCAAUACGAGGAUCGACUCCGCCGUGAAGCUGAGGAGGAGGAGAAGGCGAAGAGGAUUGCAGAGGAACAGAAAGGGUACGAAGUCGCGGCUAGGCUGCAGCAGGAGGAGGAGAGCAUUUUGGCGACCAGGAUGGCCGCAGACGCAGAAAUGAGUCGCCAGUUGUUUGCCCAACUGAACCGCCACGUGCAGCCUGCGGUCUUGGCAGACGGCGCACCGGGGACGGGCGCGGCUCCCGCGCAGGGCGGCGCCUCUGUGGGGACGGCGGCGGGUGCGUACUCCACAGGGUGGUACGAGCAGCUGCGACUACAGCAGGAGCAAGAGAGACGAGUGCAGGAAGGCUAUAGCGCCUUUCCUCCGCAGUCCGACGAUGACAACGUACGGCCACCGAUGCGGACAAACUACACAGAGCGCCUUAUCGACGAUAGUCCGGUCGGUUGGGGCGCGGCUGGCGGCGGCUAUUCCGAGAGCUUGUUAGGUCAGGGCGGAAGUGAUGGAGGCGGCGGCUUUUCCUGGAUAGCAGAUAUUCUGCGGGGUACUUUUGGAAUCCCCGACAGGGCAGGCGCUGGAGAGGUGCUAUCGCCAGCGGAGCGAGCACAUCGGCGCCGUCGGGCUAUAUAUAUCGCCCUAGUUUGUGUAUUCAUGAUAGGUCCCCUCGCCGUCGCCCUUAUGAUGCUUAUUUCGCAAGCGAUGCAGUGA